AUGGCCGCCUUCAGAGAGUUACAAGCACUCGAGACAUCGGAUGGGACCAAUCACGACUUCAUGCUCGCCGCAGGUGUGGACGACGACAACAACAACAGUGACGACGGUUUCUUCGAAGAGUUCGACCAUCUCGGCCACACACCCCAUGAACGUCACGAUUCCAACGGACUUACAAAUACCCAAUGGGCGGAGCAGCUGCGAAACCUGAGCAGCUCUAUUGUUCAGCCUGGAUCGUACACUCGACGACGCUUCGUCUCGACAUGGGGUACAAGGUUUGACGAGUUCAAGAAGGACAUUCUAGGGCAUAAUAACUCCAAGGUCUUCGUUUUGAACGAGCUCGAGCAAUUCAUACUAUAUUACUUUCGCCGAUACCAGCCGAAGCCAGCCUGCACGGACAGUGACGACGAAGAGGCCAACGAACAAGGCGACAUCGUUGAAGAAGCGCCCAUCGAUUCGAAGCCGCGAGUGAAAUGGUCGUACAAUACACUUAAAGAAGUGAUGACAGCCGUCACACAGCGAGCCAGCUUCAGAUGGAACGACUUCAAGCUCACCACACGUCAAGAAAUGCGAGCAAAAGGUGCUAUCGAACGGACGCUCAACGACAGCUAUGCAUCCAAACAAGAGUGCGUCUCCCGCGAUCAGGCUCUAGGAGUGUACUUCGUCCGUCGGAUGUCGCGAGGCUUGAUCCAGCAUGCUCUCGACGGCCACUUACCUUCCUGGAAUACUGCUGUGUUGUUCACCUUAGCUAUCGUCGUACAAGCCGCCCUCAAUUGUCGCUUGGGAGACAUACUGGCCGCCAACAAUGCAGAAGAGUGGCCCAAGGAACAAACACCUUCGCUCACGGCGAAUGGACAAUCAGGAAUGCCAAAGGCAGCUUCGAUCACUCUGGAUAUUUGCUCGCAACUUCCAUUCCUCGAGCAGGAUAGCUCAGCCAGACUGCUACAUGAUCUCACGCGCAACGUGCUGGUAUCCGCAAAACCGCAUGUCUUCGUCUUGAUGAGCUGUGUCGAAAUGUCUGUAAGCGGCGAGUUGCUUGUAGUCCCCAAAAGGAUCUUGCUCCUCGUCAAACCAGUCAACGCCGCAGCGAAGCUUGGCACUCGCGCGCUGAUUGGGAAGGCAGUAGUGAUACGUACCACUGCGUCUGUCGCCACGACCCCGAGCUUCAAUGUCAUCCGUCAAUCUCACGCAGUGUUCUUGGAAGGAGCUGGACGCGCCAGCGAUGUCGAGAUUGCUGGCUCCUUCAGCCACUUCUGGAACGCCUGUCUGCGAAUGUUCAUCGGCUCCGUGAACCGAUUGGGUCCGGCGAUAUUUGGUCAGAACAACGAGCACCCGUUCGCGAAGCAGCUCGCUUUGUCAACUCUCCUUCGAUGGGCUGCGGCAGGCCUCGAGAUGAAUGAACUCAACCAGACAUCUCGAUUCAAGAACUCAGCGCUGCUAGAAAAGUCGGGGUCUUUCGAUGACACUCUCUCUGCUGGAUACGCCACAAUCAACAAGGCUAUAUGGGGAAUUGACAGCAACCUCAUGUUCCUGAACGCGCAGGAUACGACAUCAAUCAAGGAUGUCAGUGGCUCUUCCUACUCCCUCGAGACUACCGCCGCGGUCAUGAAGGAUGCCGCCGACCACACGAACACAUGGAGGGCGAUUCCCAUACCAUCAUCAGUCCGAAGAGCUAAGCCAGACUACUACAUGAUCUCGAGCGCAGCGUACUAG